AUGGCGACCUCCGCUGUCCGCGCCACGAUCACGAUGUCUCGUGUAUCCGUCAGGCCCGCCCCCCGCACCGGCAAGAAGCACGUCGCUCGCGACGUGCGCCAGCGUGCAAAGUCCGAGUCCCCCAACGGCGCCAAGCCCCGCGCGCUCAUCUCCGUCUCCGAUAAGACGGGCAUGACCGACCUCGCCGAGGGUCUCAACGCGCUCGGCUACGAGGUCGUCUCCACCGGCGGAAGCGCCAAGGCCAUCUCGGACGUGGGCGUCGAGGUCACCACCGUCGACCAGAUCACCAGCUUCCCCGAGAUGCUCGACGGCAGGGUCAAGACUCUCCACCCGGCGGUGCACGGCGGCAUCCUCGCGCGCCGCGACCUCGAGACCCACGUCGAGGCCGUCAAGAAGCACGACAUCGGCUACAUCGACGUCGUCGCAGUCAACCUCUACCCGUUCCGCGAGACCGUCGCGUCGGGCGGCGACUUUGCGAAGUGCGUCGAGAACAUCGACAUCGGCGGCCCCGCCAUGAUUCGCGCCGCCGCCAAGAACCACCCUUUCGUCUACGUGCUCGUGGACUCCGCCGACUACAAGCCCCUCAUCGCUCACAUCAAGUCCGAGCCCUCUCCCGAGGACGACCUCAAGUUCCGCAAGAGGCUGGCGUGGAAGGCGUACCAGCACUGCGCCUCUUACGACUCUGUCGUUUCAGAGUACCUCUGGAGCGAGAUCGGCGAGGGCCAGCCCGCCCCCGAGCUCUGCGUGCCCAUGUCUCUCCACGAGACCCUGAGAUACGGCGAGAACCCCCAUCAGCCCGCGGCUGUGUACACCGACGACUCCCUCGCCGAGGCGGCUGGCAUGGGCGUCGGCCGCGCCAAGCAGCACCACGGCAAGGAGAUGUCCUACAACAACUACCUCGACGCCGAGGCGGCGUUCUCGUGCGUCAGCGACUUCCCAACCUCCGAUCCCACCUGCGUGAUCGUCAAGCACACCAACCCCUGCGGCGUCGCGUCCGCGUCCGGCAGCGAUGGGGACAUCCUCGAGGCCUACCGCCAGGCGGUCCGCGCCGAUCCCAUCUCCGCGUUUGGCGGGAUCGUCGCGUUCAACUGCGAGUUGACCGAGGAGAUGGCCAAGGAGCUCCGCGAGUUCCGCUCCCCGACGGACGACGAGACCCGCAUGUUCUACGAGAUUGUCAUCGCCCCCUCGUACACCGAGAAGGGUCUCGAAGUGCUCAAGGGCAAGUCCAAGAACCUUCGCAUCCUCGAGGCUAAGCCCAGGACCCCUUCGUCCACCCUCCGCCAGGUUGGCGGCGGCUGGCUGCAGCAGUCCUCCGAUAGCCUCGUCCCCGAGGAUAUCCACUUCGAGGUCGUCUCCAACACGCACCCCACCCACGAGCAGUACGAGGCGCUCAAGUUCGCGUGGAGGGUCGUCAAGCACGUCAAGUCCAACGCCAUCACCGUCGCCACCCAGGGCAGGCUCCUGGGCAUGGGUUCUGGGCAGCCGAACAGGGUCAACUCGGUGAGGAUCGCGCUGGAGAAGGCCGGGGACGAGGCGGAGGGUUCGGUGCUCGCGUCCGAUGCGUUCUUCCCCUUCGCAUGGGGUGAUUCCGUCGAGAAGGCUUGUCAGGCGGGCGUCAAGGCUAUCGCACACCCCGGCGGCUCCAUGCGCGAUCAGGACGCCAUCGACUGCUGCAACAAGUACGGCGUCGCGCUCCUCACCACCGGUCACAGGCACUUCCGCCAUUAA